AUGCUCUCACUCGUCGAGCCCAAUGCCUGGGUGGUCUUGCGACUCCCAUCAGACUCCCUCAAGGUCAUGCAAAUAGUGCCAAAUACAAUUGUCACCCUCGGAAAAUACGGCACAUUCUCCUCCAACCUCAUCGUCCAUCGUCCUUACAACCUCACCUACGAAUUGCUCGAUCGCCAACCAGGACAAAAAGACUCGGAUUUGCGGAUUGUCCCUGCAUCCGAACUACACGCAGAUACCAUCGCCGAAGAGCAAGCUGCAACUCCAUCAAGUGGAGCAGAUCAAAUCACAAUUGGUGGGGAUGGCGUGGAAUUCCAGCUGGUGGGAGAGAACGGAGAGGUCAUCAUGCGCUCAAAUCGCGAGACAAUCGAUGAUUCAGCACGACAAACCUUGACCAUGGAAGAAAUCGAAGAACUAAAACGAGAAGGCACAGGAGCAGGUAAAGACCUGAUUGCAAAACUCGUGGCGAGUCACCUCGGCAUCGAGCAGAAAACUGCAUUCAGUCUGGCAAAGUACAAACUUCUGAAAACGAAGAAAUAUCUCCGAAGAUUCACAAUCCUACCACUGGAUGUACCAAUGUUAGCACGCUGGAUGAUGGAAGAGAAAGACGCUAGUAAGAUUCUAGAAAUGCGCGAAGAGAUGGUCGGUUUAAUAGGAAGCUGGGCCAACGCACACUUUUCCGAAUCACGACCGCUCGACACCACUCCUUUUGGGGGCCGUUGGCUCGUCGUCGACGAAACAGGUGGUUUACUCGUCGCCGCUUUGGCGGAGAGAAUGGGCAUUUUAUACCCUUCCUCCGAAGAACUCUCCUCGGAAAACGACCACCACGCCGAGAUUCCCCUCGCAACAUCAAACACCAUAACUCUUCUCCACAACAACACACAACCAAACCUCAGCCUCUUAAAAUACUUUUCCUACGACCCUACUUCAACAUCCACCUCUCCCCACCACCCGCUAUCAAAACACUUGCACCCCCUCUCCUGGCUCCAACUCCUCUCUCCCUCUUCGGAUCCCACCUACUCAACCCCCGUUACACCCCUCUCACCAACCACCCUCUCAGCCUUCAAAUCCGGAAAACGGGGAACAUACUACCGCAAAUUGCGCCGCCACAACCGCAUCACCUCCAUCGUAUCAUCCACCCUCUCCGGCGGCUUCUCCGGCCUCGCAGUGGCCUCACACAUGGAUCCCAUCUCCGUCCUACGGCACACCAUCCCCCUCCUCUCUGGCGGCGCCCCAAUAGCAAUCUACUCCCCGACAAUCGAGCCUCUCGUCCUGCUCUCAGACGCCUACUCCACCUCCCGCCGAACAGCAUUCAUCCAAUCGCCUCCCGCAUCAUUCACCUCCCUCCCCCUCUCUUCCCAAAACAGUUGGCCGGGAGACGAAGAUUUUCCAUUAAAUCCGACGCUGGUGAUCAACACGUCUGUGCAAAGCGCGAGGGUUAGAGAGUGGCAGGUUUUACCGGGACGCACGCAUCCUGUUAUGACGGGUAGGGGCGGCGCGGAGGGGUAUCUGUUUACAGCCGUUAGGGUUAUACCGGCAGAGGGGAGGGUGGAGGCUAGGGGGAAAUUUGUCAGGAGGAAGGAGGGGAAGAGUGCUGAGACGCCAGGAAAGGAGAAAGAGAAGGCAGCUGAAGAUGCGGAAGAUGGAGAGGUAGAGGCGGGAAGUCCGCCGAAGAAGAUCAAGUUGGAGCAGAGUAUGGAUGCGGCCGCUGAGAAGGGAGUCGAAGCUUCGAACGCAGCGGUCACGGAAGAAGAAAGGGUGCAAAUGAGAGCCGCCCCAGAGAAUGCUGAAAGUAGAGAGGUGGAGAUGGCUGAGCCGUAG